GCCUCGCUUAAUUGCAGAAUCCGCUCAACUUGGAUGAAACUGAUGUUGGGAGGCCCAGGUUCAGCCCACCCCCCCUCACCUUGACUAGAGCAGCCUUUAUCGCUAAAGCUCUGUCGCAUAACAUUCUCCUCACCCUCACAGUGCUCUUCCACCAUGCUGACCCACCUGUUCCGUAUUCAUGGCCUGGUGGUGGCUUCCCAUCCUUGGGAGGUCAUUGUAGGCACCGUCACCCUCACACUCUGUAUGAUGUCCAUGAAUAUGUUCACUGGAAAUGACCAAAUCUGUGGCUGGAACUUUGACUGCCCCAAAACAGAUGAGCAAAUUCUGAGCAGUGACAUAAUUAUCCUGACCAUCACACGUUGCAUUGCCAUCGUCUACAUUUACUUCCAGUUCCAGAACUUGAGACAACUGGGAUCCAAAUAUAUUUUAGGCAUUGCAGGGCUCUUUACAAUUUUUUCUAGCUUUGUGUUCAGCACAGUGGUCAUUCAUUUCUUUGAUAAAGAACUGACCGGCCUCAACGAAGCUCUACCUUUCUUUCUCCUCCUGAUCGACCUUUCCAAAGCAUGUGCUCUUGCCAAAUUUGCACUUAGCUCCAGUUCUCAGGAUGAAGUUAGGGAGAAUAUUGCUCGAGGUAUGGCAGUACUGGGACCUACAUUCACCUUAGAUGCUUUGGUGGAGUGCUUAGUGAUCGGUGUGGGAACCAUGUCAGGUGUUCGACAGUUAGAAAUAAUGUGCUGCUUUGGCUGCAUGUCUAUUUUAGCCAACUAUUUUGUCUUCAUGACAUUCUUCCCUGCAUGUGUGUCACUUGUGCUGGAGCUGUCUCGUGAGAGUCAGGAAGGCCAUCCGAUUUGGCAGCUGAGCCAGCUCUCUCAGGUGAUGGAGGAAGAGCAGGAUAACAAACCAAAUCCUGUCACCCAAAGAGUAAAAAUGAUAAUGUCUCUGGGCCUUGUUAUGGUUCAUGCUCACAGUCGGUGGAUUGCUGAGCCCCUAUUGUUCAAUGAUGCAAUGGGAAUUCCACUGAGUACCUUUGAUGAAGAACACCUGUCCCCCAGGAGGAUUGAACCAGAGAUACCUCUGUGUCAUUUUUACCUCACCAGAAUGAUCACCAUGGAUAUUGAGCAGGUGAUCUGCCUGUCCUUGGCUCUGCUUCUGGCCAUCAAGUACAUCUUCUUUGAGCAAGUGGAGAUGGAGUCUACCCUAUCAAUAAGGAACUCCAUUACUAUGUCCCUGGCUCCACGACAGGACAUGGAGAGUUGCUGCCGGAAGGAGGUUGAUCUUACCCAACACCAUGCACCCACCGCGUGUCUUCCUCCUACCAUAAGAUCCAACAAGGAACCUAUAGAUGAUGUCAUCCGGCCCCUGGUUGAUCCUGUUAAUGAUUUUGGGUCAAGUAAUGUCUCCAUUCUUGGUGAAGGAGAAAAAGACAUCAAAUCUGAAAUCACUGAGCCACAUCUCCCCUUGAAGCCAAGAGACCUUUUUGAAUGUGUGUCCAUUCUCAACAAUCCAGUGCAAGGGCCCCGUUUCCUGAGUGAUGCUGAGGUGAUAAUGCUGGUCAACUCCAAACACAUUCCAGCUUACAAAUUGGAGGCCGUCAUGGAGAGGCCUGAGAGAGGUGUGGCCAUACGGAGACAGAUGAUUUCAGCAAAGCUUUCCUUUCCCUCUGCACUCUCAUCUUUGCCAUUCACAGAUUAUGACUACUCCAAGGUUAUGGGCACCUGCUGUGAAAAUGUGAUUGGAUAUAUGCCUGUGCCGGUGGGCGUGGCUGGGCCACUACAUCUGGAUGGGAAGCAGUUCCACGUUCCCAUGGCAACAACAGAGGGAUGCCUUGUGGCCAGCACGAAUCGGGGAUGUCGGGCAAUUGCGCUUGGAGGUGGAGCCAGGAGUCGCAUACUUGCUGACAGUAUGACACGAGGACCUGUGGUAAGGCUGCCUUCUGCUUGCCAGGCUGCUGAGGUUAAAGCCUGGCUAGAGAGCACAGAUGGUUUCCAGAUAAUCAGAGAAGCCUUUGACAACACUAGCAGGUUUGCUCGGCUCCAGAAACUUCUUGUUGGUCUGGCUGGAAGAAAUCUGUACAUUCGUUUUCAUGCUAAGACAGGGGAUGCAAUGGGAAUGAAUAUGAUCUCAAAGGGUACAGAGCAAGCUUUGAACAAACUUCAGCAGCACUUUCCUGAGGUGCACGUUUUGGCUGUCAGUGGGAACUACUGUACGGAUAAGAAACCAGCUGCAGUCAACUGGAUAGAGGGCAGAGGAAAAUCGGCAGUCUGUGAGGCCACCAUCCCUUCUAAUGUAGUCAGAGAGGUUUUGAAAACUUCGGCAGAAGCUCUGGUGGAUGUCAACGUCAAUAAAAACCUUGUUGGGUCAGCGAUGGCUGGCAGCAUUGGUGGAUUUAAUGCACAUGCAGCUAACCUGGUAGCAGCCUUAUACAUUGCCUGUGGACAGGAUCCUGCCCAGUCGGUGAGCAGCAGUAACUGCAUCACCCUGAUGGAGGUGUCAGGCCCUACAGGUGAAGACCUUUACAUCAGCUGCACCAUGCCCUCAAUAGAGCUUGGCACUGUAGGGGGUGGAACAAACCUGCGUCCCCAACAAGCUUGCCUCCAGAUGCUGGGUGUACAGGGGGCCAGUGAAGCUUGUCCAGGGGAGAAUGCCAGGCAGCUUGCCAAAGUGGUGUGUGCCACUGUGCUGGCUGGAGAACUGUCACUCAUAUCUGCUCUGGCAGCUGGCCAUCUGGUUAAGAGUCACAUGACUCAUAACAGAUCCAAAGUGAACCUCCAAGAGAUAGGAACCUGCGUCAAGUAAGCCUCCUGAGAGUAUGACAGCAUGGCUCACCUCUGAGCCCUGUUACUGACUGUAUCAGCUAGUCCAGGACCAUAUCGCCAAAUAAGAGACUGAGAUGACUGCGGACUUAAAGUGCUUUCAAAAUAAUACCUGUAUUUGGUCUGGACAUGGUGUGGUCUGUUUCGCUUCAAUCAUAUGAUUUUAUUUCAAUGUGAAUUGAGUUUGUUUAAAAUCAUACAAUAAAUGCACAUCAUCACCUUUAUUAAAAUGAAAAAUAAAAAAGUUAACUGUGUUAUGUUGAA